UUGGAGGAAGACCGACUUUCCGUCAUCGAAAGAGACAACUGUUUGCUGCUUGAGAAGAUGUCCUGCAUCAUGAGAACAAAAGGACAAAUCGACAACAAAAAUGACUAUAAGGCCAAAAGUUUAAAUGGAGAAAAACGAAAGCAGGAGCUGUGGAGAGUGAACCAGGAGAAUCACACCAUUCUGGAUAGAAUUACAAAGUCCCAGCCUCAGUAUCAAGUUCAGCGAUGGCAUGAGGAUUGGCAACGAGCUGAAAAAUACAUGGCCAACGUUGCAAGAUAUCCUCGUGGGCGGUGUAAAUCACAGAGCCGAAAG